AUGCCUCCACGGAGCUACGCAACGUCGAUCUCUAGAACGGGCAAUGCAACAGUGUCUCCAGACACCAAGAAGCCCAACUCUUUUUCUAUAAGAGGUUUCCGGAUUACCACACAACAGUUACCGAUUCUUAAGGCUGGUGGGAUUGAAGAAAUGACCAAAAAACUGGGAAUUGCGCCUCCCGAGAUGAUAUUCGGGGAUAAUUAUGUCACGAUCGAACACGAAAAUAGCGGAUGGGGAAUCACCUUUAACGCUUAUGAUGCACUUGAUCGCGUUGAUAAAACAGGCCAGGCAAUGCUCAAAGUUGCAUAUUCGAGAGAGUGGCAAAAAAGCAGGGAAAGAACAUAUGACGGGAUUAAGGAAGUUGUAAAGCCUUUUGACUGGUCAUAUACCACUGAUUAUAAGGGGACGCUUAAUAGCAGCGGUUAUAAAUUCGAAAUGACAACGGAACCAAUACCUAUCGAACUCCUGAAACGACCAGAUCCCAUUCUUUUCUUUGAUAAUGUUAUUCUAUAUGAAGAUGAACUUGCCGAUAAUGGCGUCUCUAUGUUAUCAUGCAAGGUUCGCGUUAUGCCUGCAAGGAUGCUACUUCUUUCAAGAUUUUUCAUGAGACUGGAUAAUGUCCUCUUUCGACUUCGAGAUACUAGGAUAUACAUUGAUUUUGAAAGUCGGCAAGUGACGAGAGAAUAUCAAUCUAAAGAAUGUGACUAUGGAACAGUUCGACAGACUCUGGCACAUGCAGGCGAUAUACAGGCCAUUAUGAGAGACCCGAAUCAUCUUGCGGAUAUCCUUCCCCUUGUGGAUAAAAAAUUAGAACGAGUGGUUCUUCCUGAAUAG